AUGAGAACCGCUCCAAAUCCUGAAAUUCGAGGAAAGAAAUUUGUACCAAACAAAUACAAUACAAAUAGUUAUCGAAUAUUCGGAGAACAAGAUUCUGAACAAGAUAAUGUCCAAACGCGAAAUGGAUAUCCUCGUCCUGCGCCAUUUUAUACAGACCCAAAUAUGAACUUUACAUCAGCACAAGCGCCAGAGCCACGCAAUGAUCCAUAUGCUGCACGUCGAAUGAAUAUAAGUCAAACGAAUAUAGCUCAAUCAAAUGCUCCUACAGCUGGUGUAGGAAGACCUGGUAGUUAUCAGAGAGAAGAAUCACGUUGGUGGGAUUGGUCACAUUCGAAAGUGGAAGCAAGUCCACCAAUCAGAAAAACUCAAGAUGAUCGGAUAAAAACAAGAGAAAAUUCAUAUCAAAACAUAUUUCAUUAUGGAACAGAACAAGAUACAUCAAAUCAACAGAAAAAUGGUCGUUAUUCAGCUAAUCCUCAACAUAUACGUACAUUAGGAAUUGUACCAGUUACUGAAUUAAAAUCAGAUGGCUUACAGUUCGGUAAUCAAAACUUUAUUGAAAAACUUUCGAAUGAACAACCAUAUAAUAAUCGAAAUCCAAUGAACUAUCCACGUCGUGAACCACAAUAUGAUGACAUGGUUAUGGAUCAACCAAAACCUCUUACAAAACCAAUAGAUCGAAGCCAAUUUGCAUCAGCAACUAAAGGUGAACGUCAACAUAGUAUGUGGGAUUUAUUUCAUCCACAUGUAGAUAAUCAAGAAAAUCCCACAAAUAAUUCUCGUAAAAAUCAACGUCCACCAUUACCUGAAAUGAAACGUACAGAAACAUUUGAUCGUACUUGGCAAAAUGCACCCUAUGCAUUUGAUUAUCCAAAUGAUCAAGAUUUUAAUCAAUGA